AUGUACAAAGUUCAAUCAUUCAUACAAAUCCCCGAUUCUUCAAUUCGAUUUCGAACUCUACCCAAAUCAUCAUCCAGGCAAAACCCUAGCACUUCAUCCCCAGAACGCCCUGUAGAAAAACCCGAAUUUAAAUCCCAAACUGAAUUUGAUGAUGAUGAUGAUGAUGAUGAGAACUUAGAUGAAGUCGCACCUUCUUCACCUUCUGGUUCCCUUUCAUCCAAGCCAUUCGCAGAGAAGCUUAAGUUAGAUGAACUUGGAACGGAGAUCAUGUCGAUCGCAUUGCUAGCUGCAUUAACUCUUCCUGCUGAUCCAAUUACUUCACUGGUUGAUACUGCAUUUGUUGGUCAUUUAGGCUUUGCUGAAUUGGCUGUUGUUGGCGUUUCCAUAUCAAUAUUCAAUCUGGUAGCAAAAUUGUUCAAUAUUCCUCUACUCAAUAUCACAACCUCAUUUGUUGCUGAAGAACAAGCAGUAUUAGUCAAGGAUGACGAUGAUGAUGAUGAUGAUGAUGAUGAUGAUGAUGAUGACUCCACUUUUCUCAGCCAUGAUAGCAUGAGUGGAAGCAAGAAGAAGUUUCUUCCAUCUGUUUCAACUUCUUUAGCCUUAGCUGCUGCUUUUGGGAUUGGGGAAACCAUAGCACUUUUCUUUGGAUCCGGAUCACUAUUGAACCAUUGUUGUUGUAACAGAGCUCAAGAAGAAGGGUAG